UUGGAGUCGCCGCUGCCGGGCUGCCAGCCGAGUCGCGCGCCGGGAGCUACGUGGGGACAGAGAAGUCAUGGCUUCUCCGUCCAAAGGCAAUAGUGACCUGUUUUCGUCCGAUGAGGAGGGCCCGGCGAUGGUGGCCGGGCCGGGCCCGGGGCCCGGGAGCGCCGAGGGGGCUGCGGAGGAGCGGCGCGUCAAGGUCUCCAGCCUGCCCUUCAGCGUGGAGGCGCUCAUGUCGGACAAGAAGCCGCCCAAGGAGGCGUCGCCGCGGCCAGCCGAAAGCGCCUCCGCCGGGCCCGCGCUGCGGCCACUGCUGCUGCCGGGACACGGCGCCCGGGAGGCGCACAGCCCCGGGUCGCUGGUCAAGCCCUUCGAGACCGCCUCGGUCAAGUCGGAAAACUCAGAAGACGGAGCGGCGUGGAUGCAGGAGCCCGGCAGAUACUCGCCGCCGCCGAGACACAUGAGCCCCACCGCCUGCACGCUGCGGAAGCACAAGACCAACCGGAAGCCGCGCACGCCCUUCACCACCUCGCAGCUCCUGGCCCUGGAGCGCAAGUUCCGGCAGAAGCAGUACCUCUCCAUCGCGGAGCGCGCCGAGUUCUCCAGCUCUCUGAACCUCACAGAGACCCAGGUCAAAAUCUGGUUCCAGAACCGGAGGGCCAAGGCGAAAAGACUGCAGGAAGCAGAACUGGAAAAGCUGAAAAUGGCCGCGAAACCUCUGCUGCCCUCCGGCUUCAGCCUCCCUUUCCCCAUCAACGCGCCCCUGCAGGCGGCGUCCUUGUACGGCGCGUCCUACCCUUUCCACAGACCCGUGCUCCCCAUCCCGCCCGUGGGACUCUACGCGACGCCGGUCGGAUACGGCAUGUACCACUUGUCCUAAGGAAAGCUGCUCGUGGACUCCGCGCCGGACGCUGGUCGCGUGGGCCCCCUCCCUCUCCAGGAAGCAGCUCGGAGCCCGCACCCCGGCUGCACCCCGGCUCCGCAGACCUUGCACGCAGCGCCCUGAGCGGCGGGCGGCGGGCGGGGCCGCAGACACUGUCAGACUGCGCUGUCCAGGCCGGACGCACCGCGUCCUGCUUCCUGGGUGUCGUUCUCCAGAUGCCCCCUGCUCCCCUCGCAAAGAUUGGCUCUGACGGUUUUUAUAUAUAAAUAUAUAUAUAAUAAAGUAUAAUACAUUUUUAUACAGCAGACGUAAAAAUUCAAAUUAUUUUGAAAGGCAAAAUUUAUAUACCUGUGUGUGUGUAUAUAUAUAUAUAUGUACACUUUUUUUAUAUAUAUAUCACCUGAAAGAGACUGCUUAAGUCCAUUUUUUUUCCCUUAUACAGGGAGAGAGAAAUACUGUUUCCUGAAAUUGCUGAAGUUUGGUGAUUUCGGUGGGAUGAUUGCCUUCUGCUUCAGGAAAGCAACUAUUAGAAGCAGACAAACCACAGGGGCAGCAGACCUGGAGAGAUUCCUCCGAGUGACAGGGACAGGCCACGCGCUUGCAGUCUUCCCAGCACGAAAAACCUGAUUCGAUGCCACACCUGACCCUAUUUCCCUCCU